UUCCCGCGAUAGAUAAACACAAAAUUCGAUGGGAUUUAUUAUUCUUCAUUCAAGUGGACACUUGCGGAUUGAGAUUAUCUAUUAAAAGAGGGCUUUUUAAAUACAUUGUCAAUAAUCGAAUUGAAAGAAGUUGUGAUUUUACAAAAAAUUUCAUACAUUAGAUUAAAGGGCUGUUUUUAUUAACGUUUAAUCGAAAUAAUAAUAAAAAAGCGAAUAUUGAAAUUUUUUUUUUGUAUAAUUGUCUUGGUUGAUAUCUUUCAACAAUCAUUUAACACAGCUGAAGUCAACAGGUGCUUCGAUGAGACAGAUCACUCGGCAGUUCAUCCUAUGGUAUGGGCUUUUUGAGACGUUCGUGUUCACGGGGAACAUCUUCGGGUGGACGGCCCUGCACUACAUGCUGCGCCAGGAAGGCAUUUACGAGCAUGUCUGCGAGCCCCAGUUCCACAACGACACCAGCCUGAACGCCAAUGUCACGAAUGUACCCUCCUACAACCUGAAGGGGUAUCGGAUGUGUGAGUCCCAAGACAGUAUCCUCAAUUUGGCGUAUACUAUCGGCAGCUUCUGCAUGGGAUCUACAUCUUUUGUCUGGGGAUUCCUACUUGACAAGUGGGGUCUCAGGAACGUCAGGCUCAUCAUCAACGGGCUUAUCACAAGUGGUUGCAUCUUGUUGUCGCUGACCAUCAAAGAAACCUCCUUCCUCCUGUUUCCUUCUCUGAUUCUGAUGUGCGUCGCCGGAGUGCCGUUGCGUCUCGCCAACAUGCAGAUCGCAGAUUUGUUCCCCGAGCAACGAUCGACGGUGAUUACCCUGUACAGCGGAGCGUUCAGUGCCUCGGCCUCCGUCUUCGUCUUCAUUAAGUACGGCUUUGACGCUGGCCUGCCGUGGGAGUGGGCCUGCUUCCUACUGGUGGUCCUGAGUGCGCUCAUGCUUCCCGUGACGCUGUUCGUGCUGCCAGCGGACAGGUUUGGUACCGAGAAAGGAGGUCUUUUCACAGGAAAGGAGAAGGAAGUAUCCUCGGUCGCUCCCUGCGUCUGGGGAACCUAUACCUAUAUAGGAGACGAGCCUCCCUACCACAGAACUACAACAAUUGAAAAGAAAGAAGUGAAAGGAAAAUCUAUGCAAGCAGCAACAUCAGAGAAAGAGAAACGCGAAGAGAUCCCCUUGAGACGCUCUCUGCUGUCGGUGUCUUUUCUUCUACACCAGUACUGGUUCUGCUGGAUCCUUCUCUACACCAUCAUCUAUGUUGGCACGCUGCACCUCUGGGCAGAGAGGACCACGACGGAUAGAAGCGAAGAUGCCUUCUUUUCCGAAAUAUAUGGAAUAUUCCAAAUCUCAGGAAUCUUCCUCGCGCCUAUUGGUGGAAUCUUCAUGGACUGGAGUAUACGCAGAGUUUCUAAAAGCGAAAAUCUGGAUCCGAGCGACCACAUGCUGAAGGUGCUUCGUUCCUGCUUCUGGCCCAUGUUCCUCACCACUCUUCUGGAGGUGGUUGCGCAAGUUUGCAAGUUCUUCAACCUCAGGUCCGCCAUCUACGUCUCCAUCGUGUCCGUCACACUCCUCAGAGCCUUCUUCAUCUCCAUCGGAACGGCCUAUCUCAGGAUCCGUUUCCCUGCCGAGCACUUCAACCGCCUGCUGGGCAUCAUGAGCACUUGUUCCGCAAUGUUUUGCCUCUUCCAGUUCCCGCUCUUCCUCUGGGAAUCUUCAUCUCGGCAAAACGUCCUCUAUGUGAAUAUCUUCGACAGCGUUUGUUUAGCCAUAGCUAUGAUUCAGCCACUUCUUUUGGUAGCGACGCCGAUUCAAAGGUAUUUCCUCAAGGAAAAGAGUUCUUCCUGAAUUUGAAAAGUAAACUUGCGCACGACGCAAUUCCAAAUCGAACAAUCCCUCAUUGACGUUUGCUUGCGGGAGUUCCUCAAAUUUGUUCCUAAUCGUAAUAGUUUUAGAAGGUGUUGAAAGAAUUUCUUUUAUGUCAGAUAAAAGCAGCUCCUAAAUCUGAACAAACAUGAAUGACUGUUUGUGAUUAGUUUCGGUGAAUAACUUUUUUAUGAUGCAAGAAGUUAAGAGUAGGCUCCUAUUCCGAUAGUAAUAGGGAUGCUUCUCUAGAAAUCCCCGAUUCAUCUAAUUAGAUCUCUCAUGUUUAAUAUACAAAACUGUAUUCCAUAGAUACGCACUGAUAUUCCAGUUUUCAUUCAAACAAGUAGAGAAGCCAACGUGAUUGGCGAUUCCAAUUUGUGAUAAGUUAAUUUUGAUUUAAAUUUAGUUCAAACUGAAAAGAAUUAAAAUUAAAUUAAUUGACUACUAAACAAGAUCUGAAAAUAUUAAAAUGGUGCACUCUCAUCAAGAAGAAGGUGUGCAAAAUGUCAAAAUUAUACAUUUGCAUUCAGAAUUGAUCUGCUUUUAUUUUAUUGGAAAUUUUAUAAUUAAUGAUUUCAUAGUUUUAUUUGAUUUUGUUCAAUACCUUCCCUUAAUCAACAUCCCAAAUUGUACUCCAGAAAAUGUGGCCACUUUAAUUAAAUCUACAGCUUAAAUUUUUGUAAGAACAGAUAUUUAUGGAGAAUAUAUAAUAGAAGCAGACUGAAAUACAGAAUUUCUACUUUCAUAAUUACUUAUGUGUAUGUUUUGUUGUAUGUACAUUUAUCCAUACCAUGCUCACGUAUUUUUCGCAAUACGAACUUUAAAAGAUCAAAGUAUAACCGAUUCAGAAAUAUGUUUCUGCCAUUUUGUAGGUGUGCAUAUAUAUAUACGUAUGUCAUCUGUGUAAUUAAAAUGUAUGUAAAUAUCUUAAUAAAAGCUUCAGCUAAGUAAAAUGC